AUGAGCAACGGAAACGUUAAACCUACCGACAGCACCUUCUGCCAGAUAAUGAAACCGAUCUUCUUCGUCUCGAAGGUAUCCGGAUUGUGGCCACAAUCGUUCCUGCCUGCAUCUCCCGGGACCACAGUGCUCGACAUAGCCUAUCUGGCGGUACUGUACGCCAUGUUUAUUUUCUGUAUUCUCGUUAAUUCCAACGGGAAGUUGUGGGACUACUACAUGCAGCCGUUCGGGUCGGAUAUUUUGCGGUACGGAUUGCAAACGCAUAUCGUGAACGGGCUCUAUCUGGGUUUGGUAAUCAUCACCAUUAAUAUUGUGCAGUAUAAGCGAAAAUGGGAGUACAUGAGCUUGCUGGACAGCAUCACAAAGAUAGUAGAGCAGGAGUUUUAUGUUAAGAAUCCAGUACGAGUUGUUCAAACGUUUAUUUGGUGUGUCGUAAUUGCUGAGAAUGUCUACCUCAUAGUGAUUCUCGUCGGAUACUACAUCAUGAUCGAUAGAACCCUUGAGAUAAAAACUUCUUACUUUUAUGCGUCAUACUAUUUAAUGAAUGUCACAACAUUGGCGUUGUUGAAUGAAUACACCUAUUUCGCUGUACACAUACGCCGCCUUUUCUCAGUCGUUAACCGACUUAUGAAGCAGUUACUUUUGGAAGAAUCCAACAGUGAGACGAUUUUACUUGAUCAGAACCGGAAAAGUAGAACACCUACCAUCGCAUACGACGAGAUCUUUACAAUCUAUGGGAAACCCACGAAGGACCGUGGAUCAGAAGUUGCUGGAGCCCAGCAUACUACCAAGCGUACCGCCCUUCCGAAAAUUACUAUGGUCGCUCCUGCAUCGGCUGGAUUCAACAAACUGUCGAUGGACACUGUCUAUAACACUUACGUCACGAAACUGACGGUAGAUAAGCAGUCAAACAUGGAAUCGUUGUUAAAAACCAUCAAUCGUUUGUCCGUCCUUCACUACCAUCUGUGCGACGCGAUCAGGCUGGUUAAUAGAAUUGGUUCACUCCAGCUAAUGUUUCACUUUGGCGCGAUGUUUGUGUUUCUUGUGUUUGGAUUAUUCACCAUCUAUAAAGCAUUUAAUUCCGGCUCCUGGGCGUUUCAAGCGAUGGCGUUCGCAAACACUACGUGGAUUGUUUUCUAUUUGUUGAGUAUUGUAGUAGUUAUCACAAGCACAACAGUCACACAAGAUACUGGUCGGGCACUGGGGGACAUCGUUCAUCAAAUCAUCCGAAAGCAUCAGAAAAAUUUCUCCGAUGAAGUCAUCGAACGGCUUUCGACACUAUCGUUGCAAAUCAAAAUGAGGGAUAUGUCUUUCUCUUGUGGAUUGUUUCAUUUUGACUGGAACCUUUUUGGAUCGAUGCUAUCGGCAAUGGCUAUGUAUUUGGUGUUUCUCAUUCAGUUCGACGUAACACCACCACGUGGGUUUUCAUCAGCCAAUUGGACCAUACCUUCUGUCGAAGCAAUAGAUUCUGACAAUUAA